AGUUUGAAUUCUUAGUAUCUUAAUUAUUACUUAUUAUUAUUUAUUACUCGAUGAUUUUGAAACAAUUACAUUUUUAAGUAUUAUACUUUUAGUAUUAACAGUAUUAACGGUAUUUUUCAAAUAAUUGUAUAUUUUAUGUUUUUCUCACUUAGGUUCUUUUAUUUUUGUAUUAUCAAAGUAUUAACUUCUAUAGACAUAUUAUAUUCUAAUUUAUUAUUUUAUAAUUUUAUUUUUUUAUUUUUCAAAUGUUUUAUCCAUGUAUUAAAUGUAAUUUGUUGAUUAAAUAAGUAAUAUAUUUUGGGGAACUGUAAAUAUAUCAACUAAUAUUUAAUUUACCUAAUUAGGUUCUGAGUAUAGUGAGGAAUGUAUUUUUAUUUAAAAAUAUCUACUCAAGUUUGUUCAUUUAAAUUGUAUGUGUAGUAGCAGGUAUCUAUAUUUUAAAUAAUUUUAGUUUUUCUAUUGCUUGUGCACGUUGCUUUACUCAAAACUUUCGAAUGAUUCUUAUUUUACAACUAUUAAAUAAUAUUUUUAAUGAUUUAAAAUAAAAUAAUUUCAUCACAAAUUAAUUAUUUUAGAUGAUGAACAUAAUAUGAAUAAAACAAUCAAUAUUUAUUGAUAAACAUUUAAACAAAUUGUGAUGUAAAAUUCAAUGUUGUUCAAAAUAAAUUGUUGGUCUAUGUGUAACUAUGAAUAACACCUUUUAAGGCUAAAAUUAUUAAAAGGGCUCCUCUUUCUAGUAUUUAAUCAAGUAUGUUAAUUAUACACUUAUAAUAGCCUUCUGGUUAAUAUGUUGACAGUGAGCUAAAUCAAAUUUACUGUUCUUCUAAUAAAUUCACUACCUAUAUUCUUAAAAUAUUUGAUAUUCUUGAUACUAAAUUUCCAUUAAGUCCAAAAUUCAAAAAUUAUUCACAUACCUUCCUUUAAUUACCAACCCAAAACUACUCUAUUUAUUUAAUCAUAUUAAUUCAUUUCAGUGAAAAUAUUUUACUAGUUAAAAUCAGUUAUCUUUUUAUAUAUUUAUAGUACAAUGGGCAUUGUGUACUUUCUAAACCAUAGAUUAUUAUUAGUCAUAAAUUAAUAUGUAUAUUUCACUAGGUAAAUUACUAGUGUGUAAUGAACUUUAACUUUAUAUUGUUUUGUUUAUUUUACUAUUAAUGUGAAUUUUUUUAAAUAUAAUACUAAUUGGUUAUAAAAAAAAAAAAGUUAUAUUAUUAAAAACCUAUUUAAUUUAAAAUACUAAUUUCAACUUGAUAUUCAAUUAAUUGUUAUUGUUAACUACCUAUAUGGUACAAUAUAAAUGAACAUGGACAUUUGUAGUAAUGUGAUGAAAUUAUAAAAAUAUUAUAUUUAAAAGAAAAUAAAUCUAUACAUUUCCUUAUUUAAUUCUUCUACUAUGUUAUAUUUUAUACUGUAGUCCUCCACAAUUAACAUUUUCAAAACCAAGAUAAAUUUGAAAUAUUAUUGUUUAUAUUUAAAACCUGAUAAUAAACAACAUUACUGUAUAUUUUAUAAAUAAUAUAAAAAGGUAUACAUAUUUAACUACAGUAUGAAAUUUUAUAGUUUACUUUUAACUUUGUUUUUAAAUUAAGAAUCAUGGAAACACAUAUGUAUGCAAUUUGUAUUAUUAUUUUGUCCUUUAGUAGAAUUUUGAAACUGUAGCUGUACUAAAGUUUUAAGAAAUGCAUGAACUGUUUACUCAAGUAUUAAACUACAAAGAUUUAUCAAAGGUAUAAUUUUAGUUGCAGUUGUCAAAUUAAUUAAAUGUAUUGUAUUACUUUAAAAAUCUUAAAUUACAGGCUGGUGAUUUAUUUACUGUUUCUGAUGAUGCUAUAGUAAAUGAUUUAUCUGAAGUAAUUAAUAUAAUUGGUGAAAUCACUAGCCUACCUGAUUAUGUUAAUAAUGACAAUGAUCAAAGUGUUGUUGAAAUAUGCAUUACAAGAGUUACUACUGCUAUUAGGUAAAUAUAAUACAGUAUAUUAUACCUAUGAGUGCUUAUAAACUUAAGACAUAAGUGAUGUCUUAAAAGUGUGUACACAGACAUUAAUGGAACCAUAGUUAUUUUUUUGGUAUAGUUUAUUUACUCGUAAUUAUUUUAUUCAUAAAUAAUAUAAUGGACACCAAAAAAUAGCCUUUAUUAACCAAUUAUAUGUUUUACCUACUUAAGUAAUUUUUAUUUUAUUAAAAUUCUACUCUGUUAAGUAUUAAUUUAAUUGUUAUUUCACAUUUGCAUUGUAAAAAUUAUGAUCUAUAUUGUAGAUUAAAAAAAUAAAUAAUAAUAAAACUUAAAAUUAUAAAUAUGUAUAAUACUUUUUCUAGGAAUAAUUUUAAAAAUUACAGUACCUGCUUUAAAAGUUUAAAUAACUCAACUUUUAAUUUAUAUAAUGUUCUAAUUAAUUAUUAGGCCAGUAAACUAGGUAUACUUCAAAAUUAAAUUUGUUCACUAAAUUGUUUUAUAUAUAUAUAUAUAAUUUAUUUUAAACUGUAUUGUAUCAUUGAUUGAGAUAGCAAAUUGGUUAGUAAUAAAUUCUAAAAUUGUUUGGUUCAUUCGUGUGUAUUAACAGAAAAUCAAAUAAAACCAGUUUUAUCAAUUCUUUCAAAACUGCUAUAAAUAGUUUUUCCAUUAUUACUAUUAUUAUCUAUAGUUAUUGAAUAUUAUAACUCCUAAUGCCACCACAAACUUAGCUUAAAGAUAUAGGUAAUAAUUAUUAAUAUUAUUUUAUUGUAUUUAUUUUAAUAAUAAAAGAUGUUUUAUAGAAAAAAAAAAUAUAUAUAUAUAUAGUAAUUAAGGAAUAAUUAUUAUUUUGUAAUAUUACAUUUAUUUUAUGUGUAAUCAUAUAUUUAUAUAAUGAUAGAGAAACCGGUUCUAUGGAGCGGCACGCAGAAGCUUUGGUUACAUUACUGGAAUCAUGCCUUAAUCAUAAUCUAAAACCAUCACAAAAAGAAGAAGAUCCACCUCAUGCUAAGAUAUCUUCAGAUAUAAUAUCCUGCAUGUUUCUUGUUAGUAUAAAAUUAUAUUCAUAAAUAAAAUAAAUAAUAUUAUAACUUAUGUUUAAUUUACUAAAAUUUAAAACUAAUUUUUGUAUCGAUUAUAUAUGAAAAAAACUGAUAAACAGUAUUGUAAUAUUGAAUAAUAACAAUUGGUAUCAAAUUAUCUUUUUAAUUUUAGAAUUAUAGUAAAAAAGAAGUUAUGAAAAGAGUAUUGCCAGUGGCUGUGAAAUUUUUACACAAAGGAAAUAAAGUAUUAUCAAGAAACAUGGCAUCAUAUCUAUCACUUGCUGCAAUUGACAACUCACCAUUACUAUCAAAUCAUAUACAGUUAAUAAUAGAUUCUAUAAUUUCUGGUUAGUUUUAAAAAAUGUAUUGAUUUAUACAGUGGUGCAGAGACAGAGGAAUACAACUGCAUGUAAUCUCUGGGUGGGAGGGGUAUAGAUUACUGGCAUAUUGAUGUCACAAAAAAGUUUAAAAAAAAAAAAAUUGGGUGUCUUGGGAUACUUUUGUUAACUGCAUAUGCACUAAAAAUUUUACUGCAUUUAUAACUAAGAUGAAUUAAUAAUUAUAUAAUUGUUCACAUUAGGUAAUUAUCCAUUAUGUCGGGUUCUUCCUCAAAUUUAUGAAGUAACAAGGGAUCCUAUUCAUGACCAUGCAAUGGCUUUAGUUUCUUUACUACCAUUGUGUGAACUCACUGAACAAUUAGCUCUGUUACAACUUUGCUCGCUUAUAGCUGACGAAAAACCAUCUGUUAGUAAAAAUAUAAGUUUUUAACAAAGGAUUAUGUCUGUAUUGUUAUUUAUUUUCUAGUUAUUAGAAGCUAGUUUGCCACAAUUAUGUGAAUAUUUAUGUACGUCACAAACUGUUAUGGCUACAUUGCAAGUUUUUAAUAAUUUAGCACAACUUCAACCUCAACUUUUAUCUGAUUAUGUUCUAAAAAUUAAAAAAUCUGCAGAAUGUAACCCAAAUACACUAUGUAUUGCUGCUCAAGUUUUGUCUGCUGUUGGCCAAAUUAAUAAGGUUUAAUUUUGAUUAUUUUAUUUAAAAGUAUCUCCAUUAUGUAUAAUUUUUUGUUUUUGCAAAGUCAAAAGCACAAGAAGCAUUAAAUUUUAUUAUGGAUAAUUUACCUAAAGUGGAUCGAGCAAGUCAAAGUCUAUUAGUUCGAGAAGCAACAUAUUUAUGUUCCUGUUUUCCAAUACUAUUUACAGAUCAAAUAUUAGAAGGAGUUUUACAAAUUAGCAGAAACACUAAGUAAUUAUUAAAAUCAUUACUUUAAUUUUAAAUUUUAAAUGUUUCUGAACUGUCAAUAACUUCUUUUCAGUUCUCAUGUAAAUCAAAUGUCUGGUCCAGUGACAAUAGUUACAGUUGGUGGAAAUCAAUCUCCGACUAAUUCAAAUAUUACUAGGACAACUCAGACAGAUAGUAGCGGAAGAAACUAUGGGUUAAUUUUAAUCAAUUAAAUAUAUAUUUGAUUAAUUUUCAAUUUAAAAACAUUCAUAUUUUAGGGAUAGUGCAAAUUGUUUGAAUAGAAUUGUGAUCACACCAAAACCUAGAUUAAUAGCAGAUAGUCGAAGUACUGGAAGAUUACAAUCCUCAAAUGCUCACCGUAGUAUGACACGCUUAAAUGCAGGUUAGAGAAAAAUUAACUAUUUAUAUGUUAAUUAACAUAUAAAAACAAAUUUAAUGUUACUUAUAAUUUGGGUUUAUAAGUAAUAGGUAUUUAAGGAUUAUUGGUAGUUCGUUAUAUUGUUCUGUAUGCUCUUGAUUUAUAGCAGACUAAGCUAUAAAUCCAUUUUAUACAAUGAAGAGUUCUCUGGUUCUUUACAAUUUAUAGUUGUGUGAAAUAUUCACUUCAUUUCUGUCUAGUCUUAUAUCAUGUAAUUCUUUCUAAAUUGUUUGUAUCACCUAAACAUUCCUUUUUUGUUAUUCUUUUUAUCGCUUCUUCAUAGACUAAGUUGAACAAUAUUUUCUACUGACUGUUCCACUAUCUUAUGCACUGCAGUCUUCAUAUUAUUUCCCAAAUCUUUAAUCUCAUUACAACUCUAUAUUUGCUGUUAAUCUUUUAUUUUCUCUUCAAAUGAUUUUUCACGUAGCUUUCUGAUAUCAGGAUCAUUUAGCUUUUCGACAUCGAAGGCCACUUGAGAUUUUGUUAUUUUUUGGGAUCCGUUGUUUAAUUUAAAUCUUGAUUUCAGAAUACACUUAAUCAUUAAGAAAUGAUCUGUAUUACCUUAUCCUCCAUGUGUGCUUCUUACAUCUAUAGUGUUGUUCAAAAAUCUUUAAUUUAAAAGUACAUGAUUUAUUUGGUUAACGAUCUGUCUAUUAGGUGCUGUUCAAGUACCAUUAUAGAUGUUUUUAUAUUUUAUGGUACUUUUAAUUGUGAGACCCUUUUCAGUUACCUGCCAUUCUAAUGAAUCCCAUUGUCAUUUCAUACCAUAUGUAAGUGUUAUUACCUAUUAUGGGCUUAAAGUACUCUUCUUUUCCAAUUUUAGCAUUAAAAUCUCUUAAGACAAUCUGUAUAGUGUCUUGGAAUAUUACUCAGGGUAAUGUCUAGUAAUAAAUAUAAAUUAUCUUUUUUCUCCGUUUGUGCAUGAACAUUCACGAAUAUUAUAUUGAACUAUCUAACUGCUACUGUCAACGGUGGUAUUCUCACAAAAAUUUCUUCAAAAUCUUUAACUGCCAAGAGGAAGUUAUUUACUGCAAAAACACCACCACCCCCCCCCCUUGUUUUCUAAAAUUCUGAGUAGAACAAAAAAACUUAUGAUUUAACAAAGACAAUGAUUUUUUUUUUAAUCGUUAACAAAUUUUCUACCAGAAUACUUGCUCAUAUUUCUAAGUGUAGCACCUUUUCUGAGAGGAAAACAGUGUUGAGGAAAUCGUUUUUUGAUUUUUUCAAAAGUUUUCUCUUCUAAAAAUUUAAAAACCAAAAAAAAAAAACAGAAAAAUGUAUGAAAUAUAUUGCUAAAUUAUUACUAUUUUUUUUUUCCUGUGCACAACUUUUCUAUCACCAAUUUUUCUUCAACUUUUAAUGAUAGCAAUAUUUCUUAAAGGAAAUUUCACUAGGGAGGUACUUUAAAGAGGUUAUUUUUAAAUAAAUUGAAUAAAAAAAAAUAUAUAUUGCCUAUUUAAUUAUUUAACCGCAAUGUGACAUAUAUAUUGUUGACAUAGCAUCACUAUCAAGUGAACUCCACUCAGAAUCGUUUUUUUUUUCGUUAGCUAUGAUUCAUCAUUGCUUACAGAUAUUCAUUAAGUUCCCUUCUGUAUCCUACCUUCCCAACUUCCCACCUACAACAGUGGCUGCACUCGCGUGCAAAUUAUGCCCAUCUUUUAUUUUUAUCAUACAUCCCUUAGAAAAGGGAUCAGCAAAUAUUUAUUUAGGGGAGCAGAAUAAUUUGAAAAAAAAAAUUUCGAGGGCCAUAAUUUUUUAGAGUUGAGCAAAAAAAUCAGUUCAAUCUAUUAAGUAUUUUGUCUUUUAACACCUACAGAAAUAACAUAAAUUUAUAAGUUAACUUAUUUUUAUAUUAAAAACAUAAUUAUUAUAUAAUAUUAGUUAAUUAUUUUAUAGAAUAAAAUUUAUAUAUAAUAAUAUACAAAUAUAACAAAUACUUCAUAAAUAUAGACUAUGUUCAGAUGUUUAAAUACAUAGAUCUACACAGAGACAAAUAAUGAAAACAAAAAACCAGAGUUAAAGUAAAAAAGCACUUUGUUUAUUUCUUCUUCGCGAGCCAGAUUUGGCUUGUGGAGGCUCUCAUUACCUACCCCUGCCAUAGAAUAUUAUGAUAGUUUUUAAACAAAUUGAUCCUGAAUCUCCUCAUCUUAUUUCUUACAUGGCUAAAAUUUCCAUUUAAACUUUUCUGUCAUGUCUACUAAGUUUAUUUAAAGUUUGUAUGUUUCAAGUGCCAAAAUGUAAAGCCGAUUUUCAAAUUUCUAUUCUUGAAUCCAGUGAUCUAUUAUACCAAGGAAAAAUGUUUGUGUUUUUAACGUUCAAGUUUUUCUGUGACUGGUUGUUAGCUCGUCAACCCCCAACCUAAAGGAGCCGUUUAUCCUAACCAAUUAAGAUAAAGGGUUAUGGCUAUUACAGGUUUUGCUCCCAAUAGGGUAACAGAAACCUGGGCAAUGGGGAUACCACUUUUCCUAUGCCAUAAAAUAAUUUAAAUAUAUUAAUCAAAUAAUGUUGACAUUAUAAUUUGUGUAAAAAUACAUUUAUAUUUUAUAAUUACAAUCUUAAAUAUUAUUAUCAUGUUUUCAGCAUCUGGUAGCAGAGUUGGAUCAGUUGGAGGUUUACAUAAAAGCAUGACUAAAUUAAGUUCUAAUCAAGUUUGUAUUCCUAAUACAUCAAACCGAAUCAAGCCUUCUACUACUAAAAUAUCGAGUGGUGGUGUAACAGUUACUACACCUUUGUAAAUUUGUAUUCUUAAAUAACAAUUACAAUUUCAUUAUGUAUUUAAAUUGUAUAAUACAAACUUAUUAUUUUAGAGAAACUGGGAGUAUAUUAACUACAAACUUCAAUUACAGUAUUAAUUCUAAAGAUUCAUUAGCUAAUUCAAUCAGUCAAACUUCGACUGGACGUGUACAAAAUUCAGUAUCUCGGCCUUUAAGUACUGCUGGAAGUUCUCCAUUAAAUCAGAGUCUUACAUCCCAAGGACCAAUUCAGUCGAGUGGCCCUAGUCUUAAUGUUGAUCCUGUUGUAAUCAACACCGGACUUUAUUCAACUGUUACUCCUAGACGAAGUCAUAAUACAAGUGUUACAAUAAUUAAUACUUGUGUAUCACAAGUAAUUAAAGAAUCAAAUUAAAUCAUUUUAUAUUUUAAAUACGGUUUUUACUAAAUAUUAACUUGAUGGCUUUUAUGUAUCAUAGAGAAUAAGUGUGUUUGAACCAUAUCCAAUGAGAGAUACUAUGCAACAUUUCUGUGAAAAACAUUUAGAUAAAAUCAAAGCUUAUAUGGAAAAAGUUUCAGUUAGAAUUCCAUCCCCUGCUAAAUGUACAAUUGAAGGUUUGUUUUAAUAUAUUUUGAAUACUAUUACUAUUAUUAGUUUAAAAAUGUUUUUUUCAUGAACAAUUUAGAAAGUAGAGCCAAAAAAUCAGCUAAACUUCAUUUUGCGUGCGAAGGUCGAGGUGAACAUUGUCUUUAUAACCGAGCUUUAUUUACUGUACACACACGGCAUCCUCGUAUUUGGAUUCAUCUUAUGUUUCUUUCCCUUCAAGCAAAAUCAUCUUCAGCACUCAGUUCACGUCAUCAUUCAGUCAGUACCUUAAAGUACUGUUGGGAUAUUCUCAAAUGUGAAACUAGAACAUUUCUGACAUUGGUAACCUCAGCAUUUCCAUGUGCCAAAGAUCAGGAUGCUGUUUUAAAUGAACUUCGCAAUAGUGGUUACUUUGAUGUAUUUGAAUAUUGUAAUGUAAACACUGGUGGAUGGGGUUGUUUUUUAUGUAAUCAUCCAGAACGAGCAGUUGGCUUUUUGCAAGAUAGUCAACCAGUGAUUGAAGGUCAGUUAAAAGAAAAAAAAGGAAGAUGGAGAUUGUUUAGGAGAUGGAGAACACGAUAUUUCACACUUUCUGGAGCACAUCUUUCUUACAAAGGCUCAGUAAGUUUUUUGAAUAAAUCAUAUGAACCUUUUUUUUUUUUUUUUUUGACCAAGGUUUGCAUAUGUAGUUCUGUAAGUUGAAAAUCUAAAUAUAUUAAACCUUAAUUGCAUAAGUAAUUUUCUUUGACAUAUAUAUUGAUGUAUUUAUUUAUACAACCUAAGAGUUAAGACCUAGAUUUCAGAAAAACUUAUAAUAACCCUAGUCAACCAGGCCCUGUAAAAAUUAUUGUUCUUUUUUAAAUAAUAAUAUUAACAUAUACUGUUUAGUAAUUUGUUUUAACUUAUUUUAAAAUUUUAGAAAAAUGACAAGGAAGGUACUCCUAUUGAUAUUCAUCAGAUUCGUAGUGUAAAAGUAAGUCGUGGUGCUCGAAAUAUACCAAAAGCUUUCGAAAUAUUUACUGGAGAAGAAUCUCUUAUACUAAAGCCUAAAGGUGGUAAAAAUGCUGAAGAAUGGGUCCAGUGUUUAUCUGUUGUUGUAGCACAUUCACAUUCAAAAGAUACUACAAAUUCUAGAAAUUCUAGUUUAAUUAGAACAACUAUAUAAACGCUUAUUUGUUUAUCUUAAAAGUUUAAUAUACCUUCUAUCCAAAAUAUUUUAAGUAUAUUUGACAUUUGUUAUUUGUGGUCAACCUCAAAUAGUUGUGAUGAAGGGGAAAAUUUGACAUUUGUUAUUAUUAAGGCCCGGAUUUAUAUGCUCUAAAAACCUUAGAAAUAUCCACUAUAAAGUAUGCAUUUAUGAUCUUAUUUUGUGGAAAUAUACCCUUUAAAAUAAAACAUAUUCACAAAAAGAUUAUUUUACUUUUAUUAUUUCUAUCAUUAUUUUUAAACUAAUAAAAAUAUAACCAAAAUAUUACAUAUUUUACAUUUCAAAACCAUUUAUAUGCAAUGAAAAAUCGUAAAAAAAAAAAUAUAUAUAUUUGCAGUGCAUGUCAAAAAAUAUAAUAUGCAAAAUAAAACUUAAUAUUUCAGUUCUAUUGACUAUAAUUCAAUUUUGUAAUUUAUCUAGCUACUUUUUGGACUGUUUAAAAAAACAUGCAAAUGCAUAUAAAUCCAGGCCCUAAUUAUUUUAUUAUAUAGUAUUCUUAAGAGAUACUUUGUUAUUUACUAUGAUCAAGACGUCUAGUAAGUUAAGUAUUUUUUGAAUAAUAUUAGAUUUUUGAAUAUUUUUUUUGAAGUUUAUUAUUAAAUUUUAUAUUUUUAAUUAAUUACAAUUUAUUGUUGUUUAUAUACUAUACAGUAUAUAUGGUGGGACACCCUGUUUAAUACAUUAUCCUUAUUUGUAUCCUUACUCCCUUGUAGUCUUGUUAAAAAUAAUUCUAAUUGUUACCAAAACUAAAUGAAUAAAAGUUAUUUGACAGCUUAAUCCAAAUUCUGUCCAAAGAAUCUUAAUACCUAUUCCAUUCUGAAUUGUUAAAAAAAACUUUACCAAUCUACUACCAUAUCAUAUAUUUAGAAGAAAAAAAACACUUUUGGGUGUCAGAGCACCAUUAACAGAGUCGAAUUCCCGCCCCUCCCUUUUUUGAAUUAUAGGAAUAUAUGUUUAUAGAUCAAUAAAUA